AUGAAAAAUCUCAAUUUUAGUGUUGAUGAUUUUUUAAAAGAACAAGAUUUACAUACACCAGAUGAAAAAAAGAAUCAAUACUUUGAAAGUUUAAUUUUACCUCUAAGGGAAUCUUUUGAAAUGGAAAUUAAAAAGAUUGAAGAAGAAUUUAAUUUUAGAAAAAAUCAAAUAAUUAAUGUAUUCCCACCUGGUAGUUAUCCAAAAGAAGUUGAAACAUUUUUACUAUUUCAUAUAAAGUAUAAUGAAUUAUCAUGCUUAAAAGUUAAAUGUGGAUUAAGAGCUCGAGUAUUUGAUCAAAUUCAAAAUGUUUUUAAUCAAAAUAUUAAUAUUGAUUCAAAUGCUUCAAUGACUGCUGCUGCCGCUGCUGCUGCCGCUGCAAAUUCAACCUCACCCAUAAUUGCUUCAAAUAUUAAUAAACAACAUUCAUUAGGUAAAAAGAAAAGAAAAGUUGAUAUUAACUUAAAUAGAUGGUAUGAAGCAAAUAAUAAUCAACCAUAUCCAAUGUAUAGUGAUAAAAUAUUUUUAGCUUCAAUUUCAAAGAUUUCAAAAACUAAAGUUGAAGAAUGGAUGGGUAAUAAGAGAACAAGAAUUAAGAAGAAGACUCAAACAACUCCAAAUUCUAAAAAACCAAAAAAAGAAACAACUAAAAAAGUAUCAAAAAAGAAAUAA